AUGCUUGUCCUUCCUAUCCACAGGAUACUUAUCACGAUCCUCUUUUUACUCAUAUGUGCCGCGGCCGACACCUCUAGCGAUGCAUCAGACUCAUCACUGCUCAACAUGGUCCCGGACUGCGCAAGGGACUGUGUGGACAGUUUCAUCAAAUCAGAGUACACACCCGAAGAAUGCACGUCGCCUUCGAAUGUCAAAUGCCUCUGUCGAACCAAAACGCAAGAUGGAUUUACGCUGGGAGAAGCAGCUCUAAGUUGUGUACUGUCUAUGUGCUCCGAAGAAGUCAAAGCGGACUCUAAAGCAUAUCAUAUCUGUGACUCGGUAUCGGGAGCGAUACCCAAAACACAUAAGACCAUCACUGGAACUGUGUUCUCGGAUAUGAGUACGACGAUGGCCGCAGAUGCAACGACAACCGCAGAUGCAACGACAACCAACUCCGUCAUGAGCUCUGCGAGCACUUCGGAGGCACCUCUGACAACUUCAACGUCUACCUCAACAACAACGUCAGCCUCGACUACCUCCAGCCAAACCUCUGAGACUAAGUCAUAUGACACUACGUCCUCAAGUUUUCAAGCCGAGCCAACAGCAUCUGCAGAGCAAGACCCCUUGGCUUCAAGUGGCGCAUCGGAGGAUACAAACAAGAAGGGUGAUCAUUCGAUCAGCCCUGGCGCAGUCAUUGGAAUUUCCGUGGCAUCAGGCGUGGCAGGCGCAUUUCUUGUUGUCGUCGCUGUGGUGUUUUGCUGCAAGAGAUGGCGAAAGCAACACCGUAGCCAGUCAGAUCCACACCAUUUUGAAAUUGGAGGAGCUAUGUCUGAGCCUGUUGAUUUUACGAAACCAAUGCCACGACUCCCAACCCCUAGCUCGGGACCGAGUUCACUACACGACCAAGCAAAUGAACAUGGGCCAUCGCAACAGCGCCAUGCUUCCCAACAAAUGAGGUCACUUGCAAAUAUGCAAGCGGAAUCACCUUACUCGCCCCACCUUGCUACAAUCUCGCAUGGCCACCAAAGCAAAAGAUCAAGAGAAGAACGAAUAGGAUUCGCUGUCAGCUCCGACUCGGACUGGGAGGCCUCACCGCGCACCCAGUCGUCACAGCAUAGCGUGGCACGCCUGCUCCCGGAUCCAACAGCAGGACUGUAUCCGAAGCCAUUGAAAUGGACUCAUCGACCUGUCAGCGGAGAUACUCUGUUUGAAGAGGACGAGAGUCAGCAAACUGUAGCAAUGAUGCAGGACAACACUCCGAGACUAGGAGCUCAACCUCGACUGGCAGGGCUCCCACCAAACCCUCGUGCUUUCAUAGAAACCCCGGAAGGAUUCAAGCGAAGAUCGGGUCCAAGAACCCUCGCAUCACCGUUCAAUCCCAACUUAGCCUACAAAGCCUCCUCGUCUGAAAGCAGCGCUGCUCCUGACAACUCAUUCGACAAAUCAAACAACACCUCAAGCCACGCGAACCCUAUCCAAGCUCAAUCCCAACAAACACUCUUACCGCCAGACACCGAGAUGAUCAGCCGCCCCCGCAUUGUCCGGGCCGAGGACAUCAAACGCGUACAGAUCCGCAGCAGCCCUCGCCAACCCGAAGUAGUCGCCCCUUAUUGCCCUGAAGAUCUAUGGCUCGAGCGGGGACGAAAUGACAAUCGUGAAUCACAAGGAGAACUACCCUAUCCGUCUGAUGUCCAUCCCGGUGCAGUGGAUUACCCUAAUAGUCCGAAAAAGAAGGCCACAAAUCGGGUUUCGCCUACAAGUCGGAAUUUGACGCCUUCAAGACGAGGGGAUGACCUAAUCCUGAGAGUCGAUUGA